AUGGGGAAGAGCAGUAAAGAUAAGAGAGAUUUGUACUACAGGAAGGCGAAAGAGCUGGGCUACAGGGCCCGUUCUGCCUUCAAACUGCUGCAAUUGAAUGAGGAGUUCCAUUUUCUCGAUGACUUGGAGAGGGUAGUGGACCUGUGUGCCGCACCAGGGUCCUGGUCACAGGUUCUGUCGAGGAAGAUGUUUGACGAGGCUGAGGGAGACGUGCAGGGCAAAAAAAUAGUUGCGGUGGACCUGCAACCAAUGUCCCCGAUAGAUAACGUUACCACGUUCCAAGCGGACAUCACGCACCCGAAGACGUUGAGCAGGAUCCUGGAGCUAUUCGGGAACGAAAAGGCGGAUUUCGUAUGUUCUGAUGGUGCUCCAGAUGUCACUGGGCUCCACGAUCUGGACGAGUACGUUCAGCAGCAACUGAUCAUGAGUGCGUUGCAAUUGACCACCUGCGUGCUGAAACCACACGGUAACUUCGUCGCCAAGAUAUUCAGAGGCCGCGAUAUCGACAUGCUGUACUCACAAUUGGGCUAUCUGUUCAAGAGUGUCGUGUGCGCGAAACCGAGAUCCUCGAGAGGCACGUCGCUGGAGGCUUUCAUCGUGUGUCUAGACUACCAACCCCCAGCGAAUUGGAGCCCGAAACUAGACAACAACGUAUCAGUGGAGGAAUUCUUCCACGAUUGUUUUGUUGGCAUCAAUAAACUCUCUCUAGGUGACGAUAGCCAACUGCCAGAGUGGCACGAAAGUGUAAGAACAGUCGCUCCGUUCAUAUCGUGCGGGGGGUUGGACAGUUUCGACUCUGACGCAACGUACCAUCUGGAUGAAGGCGAUAUGGCCAAGAUAGAGAAGUCGCUCGAUCCAGUGCAAAGCCCGACAAAUCCACCUUACAAACGGGCACUGGAGUUGAAAAGGAGUGGGAAACUGUCGUCCUGUGUGUGA